GUCGCGGAAUUGUAGUAGCUUAAUCAUGUCUUCUAUCGGUAGCGGGUAUGACCUUACUGCAUCGCAGUUCUCUCGAGGCGGAAAUGUUUUUCAGAUAGAGUAUGCCUGUAAGGCUGUCGAAAAUAGCGGUACAGCCAUUGCUAUCCAAGGUAAAGACUGUGUAGUUUUUGCCGUGGAGAAUAUUGUCACAUCAAAACUUUACGAGCCCGGUUGUGUUAAACGAAUUUAUAAUAUUGAUGACCAUAUCGGGAUGGUUGUGAUGGGAUUUCAAACUGACGCCAAGGCAAUCGUUGAGGCAGCCAGAGAAGAAUGCUCAAAUUAUCGUAAUAGCUUUGGAAGCCGUAUACCUCUCUAUUCUCUGACGGAACGACUGGCUAUGUACAUGCACGCCCAUACACUUUAUAGUGCGGUCAGACCGUUCGGUGUAUCAGUUUUGCUUGGUUCCUACGAAAACGAUGGUCCUCAUUUGUUCGUGAUAGAGCCUUCCGGGUUGUCUUUUUGCUGUUUUACUCUGAGGUAGAGUAGUUUUUAUCUGAGUAAUGGGCGAGACUAUAAUAUUUGGACGAACCAAUCAGAUCUACGAUAACAGGUUAAUAUAUUAGCGUUAAGUCAUCAGAGAUAACUACAUGUUUGUGUUUACGGAAAAUCUAAUAUAAAUAUACAUUCAUUAUUAGCAUUAAAUCAUUUUCGAAUACUUUGACUAAUUCUAUUUUCUGAACAUAAUGGGGCAAAUAUAGUGUGCUGUUCGCUACUACGUGAUGCAAACACAGAGUGAGUAAUGCUGAGCUCCUGAGUUAAAUAUUGAUUAAAAAAAGUUUGGUGAGGCUCUAUCUUCAGUGACCAUAUCUGGGGAUGUUUCAUAUGCAGUCAUCGCAUACCCUAAUACGCAUCUAAGGGCAAACAGAUUUAGAAAUGCCACCAGGUUAUAAAUUGUUAUCCCACAAGUGCCGAAUUCGUCCUUAGAGCCCGUGAAAAGUGCUUUGUUGAUAUAGUCUGAAAUCAGUCUCAAUAACGCGACUACAUUCCUUUUGUCUCCUAAAUCCAAAUUUUAGUGUCCCGUGUUUCUGAUUCUAAGUUUUUCACCGUUCUUUACUCAUGCGGGUCAUUAUCCAUCCUGUUUCUUUAUAUUCUCAGUGCUUAGCAAGGCAUGUUAUGCAGUCUUAACGUUUGCUUUGUUCACUUUCUGCAGUAAUUAAAAAUUGUAAUUUUAGAUGAAUACUUAUAAAAUCCGUACUUUUGUCACGCUAGUUUUGAACAGCUUAACAAUAGUUCUGUUAUGAAAUUUUCGAAAUCCAAUUGAUUCUGAUAGUCAUUGCAAAAUUUCCGUCAUUCCAUUUGCUCCAUUAGAAUUGAAUCUCUCAUAUUUUGAAGUGCAUUAUUUUUUAAAUCAUUACUCACAAUAUGCUUUCGGUUUUUUGUUUCCUCUCACUGCACUGGUGUUAGGUGUGGAAAUUUUAUCCGAUCGGCACUCAUGCGAGGUUUUACUUUAGUGUUGACUGACUAUUUCAUUUGAUUACUCUUCUCAAGAGAUCUCUACUCGUCAGGUUGAUAAGCCCCUAAAUAAAAGGACAUGUUCAAAGUUAAUUAUUCUUCUCAAGUUCAAGCUUGGAAACUAAAUUAUGGUGUUGGACAGAUUAUUUAUAAGGUUUUAACCUCGGAACUUCAAACUAAGAUCUCUAAGUAGUCUACUUAUCUAAUACAUGUGUAAUUUGUUAAAUCCCUUUCCCUGAACUUCUGUAUGACGUUGGUUAUUGUUUGUCAGCAGUGUUAUUAUUAACCUCAAUGUUGUCAUACAAAACAUCUGGUCACUCAGUAGAUGCCCUAGUGGCUUCACUAUAUUAUAGUAGAUUUUGAUUUAGCUACUUAUUAUCAAAAUAAUAAAUUUCCUCUAUUUCCUAGAAUCAAUUUAUCUUACAACAUUAUUGUCUUUACUUUCUUUACAUGAAAGGCUUAUUUUGGUUGUGCCAUUGGAAAAGCCAAACAAAAUGCAACAACUGAAAUAGAAAAACUGAAGAUGAAUGAUUUGUCUCCUGAAGAAUUAAUCAAGGAAGCAGCCAAAAUAAUUUAUACCGUUCACGAUGAAAUCAAGGACAAAAAUUUUGAAUUGGAUCUUAGUUGGGUUGGUGCAAGUAAGUCUAUCGAUCUGAUAAUAUAUACAUAUGUUUAGAUACAAAGGGUAUACAUCAACCUGUUCCUCGCAAACUCUUUGAUGAAGCAGAGACAUUCGCCAAACAGGCUUUAGAAGAAGCUGAUGAUUUAGAUGACGAAGUGGAAUAAACUAUGUACAUUUAUUAUUUUCUAAAUAUGUUUUUUGAACCACAUAUCUUUGAAAUUCUGUGGCGUCUCUCAAGCGUAGGUUUUCAAACCAAUCUUUAUAAGACGACAAUCAUCAUUUUGGAUAUGGUUGUUGGCAUUGCACUGAGUGUUUCCAGGAAUUGAUGGGUAGAUAUAAAACGUUUGAUACUCUCUUUGGAUGUUGGUGUAUCACUAUCGCACCAAGUAUUUCGUCUCCCCAUUACCGUUUAUGUCCCACUUACCCAGGGAGUGAGGUGUCCCAUCAAUUAGGGAAUAAGUGUGUUAUUUAACGUUUCAUUUAAUACUAACUUGUCUGUAAAACACUAAUACGGUUAAUACUAUCCGGACAGUUUUUUGAAGUAUUGUUCAUGUAAGUUCUUAACUCUCACCCAUUCAGCAUGAUAUAAAACAACCAAUAUUUGUUGUAGCAAGUGUAUUUACU